CUUUUGCUAAAGACAACAACGUUACUGCCGAUCAAAUACAAGUUCACUCACAAGUCACAACACUUCACUUUCUUAAGCAUUCCGCAGUUCAACCUGCUCCAGAGUAUUACACAAGCAUCCAUCCAUGGCCACUGACUUUAGUUCAAUCCCCAUAAUUGAUAUUGGUCUCCUUUUAGCUAAGGCAGAUGACCCUAAAAUGGCUGAGGACCCUGGUGUGCUUGAGGUUGUUAGAAAUUUGGAUAAGGCUUGUACAGAGGCUGGGUUCUUCUAUGUGAUCAAUAGAAUAAAAAUGAUGGAGAGCAGAAUUCAAUGGCUCAUAAAAAACCAUGGUAUUUCCAAUACACUCCUCAAAGAGGUUAGAGAUAUAACGCGUAGAUUCUUUGAACUUCCAUAUGAAGAAAAGACAAAGAUCAAAAUGACUCAAGCAACCGGAUUCAGAGGAUAUGAGAGAAUUGGAGAAAAUAUAACUCAAGGUGUACCUGACAUGCAUGAAGCUAUUGAUUGCUAUAGGGAAGUGACUAAGGGCAUGUAUGGAGAUCUUGGCAAAGUUAUGGAAGGAUACAACCAUUGGCCACAAAAUCCACCAAAAUUCAAAGUUCUUAUAGAGGAAUAUAUUAGUCUCUGCACAGAGCUCGCAAGGAAAAUUAUGCGUGGAAUCGCUCUAGCAUUAGGUGGAUCACCAGGUGAAUUUGAAGGUCACAGAGCUGGGGAUCCAUUUUGGGUAAUGCGGCUCAUUGGUUACCCAGGUGUCACCAAUGUAAAUGGAACGGAUGUUCUGAAAAAUGAUAUUGGAUGUGGAGCUCACACAGAUUAUGGUUUGUUGACAUUGCUAAACCAGGAUGAUGAUAUAAAUGCACUCCAGGUGAGAAACCUACGCGGCGAGUGGAUAUCAGCACCUCCAGUUCCUGGGUCAUUUGUUUGCAACAUUGGUGACAUGCUAAAGAUAUACUCCAAUGGUUUGUACGAGUCCACUUUGCAUCGGGUCAUAAACAACUCUACUAAAUACAGAGUCAGUGUAGUCUUCUUUUACGAGACGAACUUUGAUACCGCGGUGGAGCCGUUAGAUACACAGAAAACAAGGAUAAAUGGUAACAACAAGUUUGAAAGAGCUGUCUAUGGAGAGCAUCUUGUCAGAAAGGUUCUCACAAAUUUUGUUGAGGAGUAGCAUUGUUUUCCCUUGUUCUUGUGUGUAAUUAUAAUAAGUCCAGACCUACAAGUGCUGAAAACUCAAGCAUUUGUUAAUUGUUAUGUACAAUGACUUGAUACUAAAUAACUAUGACCUUAGAAUGCUUUCAGUUUCAAGACAAGGGUGGGCAAUUCAUCAGGCUGUGAACUGUUAAUAAACAUCAAUUUAUCAGCUCAGUGCAA